AUGACCAGCUUGAAGCGCCCACCGAUGGAGUGCGCCGUCGGGGGCUCCGUCCCUGCCACCGAUGAGUUUUACCCUCGCCACAUGCGCAUCGUCAACGGUGGUGCAGUGCCAGCCCGCACGGACAAUGUCCACGGCACUUUGAGCACAGGCGUGCCAAAGAUGGGCGUGCGGGCGCGCGUGGCCGAUUGGCCGCCGAGGAAGGACGUUUCGCGAGCUUUUUGGCACUCAACCACCGAGUCUGAAAUCAUGAGUGUGCCUCUGAAAAAUCACAUUAAAUUAGGAUCAAUUAUUAGCCCUCAGGACUCGUCAAUGCUGCGAAAUAUCCACAAUACUUUGAAAAAUCGAACACAGUCCCAGGCUAACAACUACUGCACUGACACUCGGUACUUGGCGCCAGGAGACUACAGAAGUCCGCCACGCCGAAACACACACCAGAAGCGAAUCCAUCAGCGCAGCAACAGUGACAUGACCAUCAGUGAAAUGGAAGCUGGCGGAGAUAGCGAAGAAGACUGGGGUCCGCCGUUGGGGACUAAAUGGUCUCCUCUUCACCGGGAGUAUGGCAGCACAUCUUCAAUAGAACAACAUGGAGCUUCUGGUGAGAGUUUCUUUGAAAUGCUUAAAGGCUACCAAGGAGAAGUAGACCAGCGUAGCCCAGCUCCAGAUCAACUGGAGGACAUGCUGAAUGUUCGGCCUAAGCAGGCCACCCUUGACCUCUCGGAAAAUGCUAACGACGAUCAGCCACAGAAACCCAAGGAAAGGGAAAAGCCUCCAAAGAGACGUACUAAAUCAGAGACCGGCGGUGAGUCUAUAUUUCGUAAGCUUCGUAACGUGCGGGGCGAGUCUGACUCGCCGAGAGUUGGAUCGGAUGUAGAGGACAGUCGAAUGGAGGACACGGGGCCAUCGCUAAAACCGUGGGUCUGUCAGAAAGGCUUCGCUCACUUUGACGUCCAAAGCACACUGUUUGACCUUAACGAAGUCAUUCAGUUGCGGCAGAAUGCGAGCAGGAGGAAGAACAACACCACCACUGGGGCCUCUGCAGCUGCCGUUGCCUCGGCUACCUCCACCCUUUCAUCCACUCAUAGCCUUCCAUACAGCUCCCCGAGCGGUAGUCAGGAGGACCUCAACUCCCGAGACAGCCCCGGCCUGGACUCAGGAGAUGAACACAGCAACGAGAUGCUGCUCAGUUGCCCCUGUUUCCGAAAUGAGAUAGGUACAGACAACUAUGGGCGGCACCGAUUGGGUGCAAAUGGGGCAGGCUACUAUGGACUUGUGGGAGGUGUAGCAGGUAGCUCAGGGAACUUGAACGGAGAAGGGAACUUUUAUGAAAGCUCACUAAGUACACACUGCACCAACGCUGGAGUGGCUGUGCUGGAGGGACCGAAGGAAGGCCCAAGUACACUCAGCGAAAAAGCCAAACAAUACAUCGUGGAGCAUGUGGACCUUGGUGCUUACUACUACAGAAAGUUCUUCUACUUGAGGGAACACUGGAACUACUUUGGGAUUGAUGACGCCUUAGGUCCUGUGGCAGUGAGCUUGCGCAGAGAGAAGUUGGAGGAGGACAAGGAGCACGGUCAGCAGUAUAAUUAUCGUCUCAUCUUCAGAACCAGUGAGCUCACAACACUCAGAGGGUCCAUCUUGGAGGAUGCCGUGCUCUCCACCUCCAAGCAUGGCACUGCCCGAGGGCUGCCCAUUAAAGAGGUGCUGGAGUACAUUCUCCCAGAAUUGGAUUUGCCUUGCCUCCGACUGGCUCUCAAUACCCCCAAAGUCACAGAGCAGCUGAUGAAACUGGAUGAGCAAGGACUGAGUUUCCAGGUAAAGGUGGGUGUGAUGUACUGCCGAGCCGGACAGAGCUCAGAGGAGGAGAUGUACAACAACGAGAUGGCGGGUCCCGCCCUAGAGGAGUUCCUGCAGCUACUCGGGGAGAAGGUUCGCCUCAAGGGCUUCACCAAGUACAGAGCCCAGCUGGACACCAAAACGGACUCAACCGGCACACAUUCGCUUUACACAUCCUACAAGGACUAUGAGCUCAUGUUCCACGUGUCCACUUUGCUGCCUUACACACCUAAUAAUAAGCAACAGUUACUGAGGAAGCGCCAUAUUGGGAACGACAUAGUAACCAUUGUGUUCCAGGAGCCUGGUGCUCACCCCUUCACCCCAAAGGCCAUUCGCUCUCACUUUCAACAUGUUUUCAUUGUUGUAAGAGUGCACGAUCCCUGCUCAGACAACACUUGCUACAGUGUGGCAGUGAGCCGCUCCCAAGACGUACCCCCCUUUGGUCCACCUGUCCCCAAGGGCGUGACCUUUCCCAAGUCCUCCGUCUUCAGGGACUUCCUGUUGGCUAAGGUUAUCAACGCUGAAAACGCAGCUCACAAGUCGGACAAGUUUGGCGCCAUGGCGACACGGACGCGGCAAGAGUACCUGAGAGACUUGGCGGAGCGUCACGUGACCAACACGCCGGUGGAGCCUAGCGGGAAGUUCCCCUUCAUUUCCUUGGCGCACAAACGGCGGGAGAAAGUGCGACCGUAUAGCGGGGCGGAGCUCCGGAGCUUGGGCGCCAUAACCUGGCAGGUUCACGCCGAAGAUCAGGUGGCGGGCGCCGAGCGGGAAUGCCUGUUGGCCAUUUCAAACGACUUUGUGAUCCUACUGGAUCAGGAAGCCAAAGCGGUUGUGUUUAACUGCGGUACUCGCGAUGUGAUUGGAUGGUCAACCGGAAGCCCCGCCUCUUUGAAGAUCUUUUACGAGCGCGGUGAAAGCGUGUCACUUCGCUCCAUUAACAACAAUACAGAAGACUUUGGAGAAGUGGUUAAGCGACUAGAGCUGUUGACCAAAGGUAGCCAGACCGCAGAAAUGACGUUGCGUCGCAACGCUCUGGGACAGCUGGGGUUUCACGUCAACUUUGAGGGCAUCGUGGCCGAAGUGGAGCCUUAUGGAUACGCCUGGCAGGCCGGGCUGAGGCAAGGCAGCCGACUGGUGGAGAUCUGCAAGGUCGCCGUGGCGUCGCUGUCACACGAGCAGAUGAUCGACUUGCUCCGGACGUCCGUCACUGUCAAAGUGGUCAUCAUUCCGCCGCACGAAGACUCGACGCCGCGCAGAGGCUGCUCUGAAAUCUACCACAUGCCGCUAGUGGACUACAAGAAUCACAAGGAGGGAAUGCCUUACGAGUUAAAGUUCCCCUUCCGCCCAGCUACCAACAGCAACACCAAGUGGCCCAGAACAUCCUCCAGCCCUCAGACGCGGCCCGCCGGCUCAGGCGGAACGCUCAUCAAGGCUCCCCCGCCGGACUUCGGCAACUCUGCCCUCAUGCCUCGCAGCGUGUCCAGCGACGGGCGACCCAUUAUUCCCAAAAGGUAUUCACCUGGGAAUGAGAACUACGCCCUCGCCUGUUCAAUUGUGAUGGGCCGCACGCUUCACAACACAAAUUCCCCCUCCGGACUCCCGUACGCUGACAACAUGAGCUCCAACCAUUGGAGGCAGAAGUCUAUGCCUGAGGGGUUUAAUAACAACAACUGCCAGUCCCCUGUGUCGUCUGCACGACCGUUGCCAGGUGACAGCGGCAUCAAAAUGGGCUCCAGCACAGGAGCCGCUUGGUCCCGAAAUGGGGAGAGUGAGGCAACGUGUAGACAGGGAGAAAAAAACACUCAAGAAACCUCAAAGGCGGUCACUCCUCGACUCCAGCCACCAGAGCAGAGUGGACAUGUUUCACCUAACAAGAGCGUGAAGGCGGACGCGCCAUAUUCCUCCAGCCAAUCCAGCAGCAACACACUGUCUAGCAAUGCCUCGAGCUCCGCCCACAGCGAUGAGAAAUGGUACGAGGUGGGCUCCCGCUCGGGAGUGCGCGGUGAUCUGGAGCUCGCCGGCUACCUCCAGGGCACGUCCACCGACAGCGGCAUCGACGCCACGUCCUUCACUGCCACACAGAGCAGCACGGGCUCGUCCAACGCCGCCAUCAAGGCCACGGACGGUGUCCCGUGGCAGGGCGAGGCGGCUGGCGGGCAGACAGGCGGCGACUCUUCGCCGCCCACUCCAGAGUCACUCGUCCCCGCUGAAGGUGGUUGUGAGAACCCAUUGAAGAGCCCAUCAGCCUUUCCAGACAGCCCUUCCUACACUCUGAGUGACUCCGCCUCCCACUCCAGCACACCGAGUUCCGGCCCCUCUGGAAACCAGGAGGAGCCGGCAACUGACACCUCGCCCACAGCCCAGGAUUCCCCGGGGCCCAAGACCUUCUAUCCUAGGCAGGGGGCCACCUCGAAAUUCUUAAUCGGCUGGAAAAAACCCGGCGGGACCGUCAACUCUAUCGACUUUGGCAGCACUCGGAAACGACACCAGAGCGACGGUCUCCUGGUCAGUCAGCCGCAGCUCAGAGCCAAUCUGCGGGGCUCGCAGUCGCCCCAACGACACACUGCCAAGUCCAGCCUGGAAGAAGACUUAAAGAAGCUCAUCACGCUUGACAGUCCUCCCCCCACCACUACUGAAGAGAAGCCGUUCCCUGCACCAACUCCAACCCGGCGCUCCCUCCAGAGGACCCUGUCCGAUGAGAGCAUCUAUAGCGGGCAGCGGGGGUCCAUCUCCAGUGACAAACGCAACACCCCCACCGACCUCCUGUUCAGCUGCUCGACCGUGCCGCGCUCACCCACCGCUCGCAACGUGGCCAGCCGCCGAACGUCGCACAAAUCUCUUGGAAACCUUUCUGCUCCGGAGAGCACAGAGUUGGAACUUGCCAAGCAGCAAGGGCAGGAUGCAGCCCUCAUGCCGCUCCCUGACAGCAGGACAGAUGGCCCACUGGACUGGGCCCAUUUGGUAGACGCUGCCAAGGCGUUUGAGGAGCAGAGACUGGUCUAUCUGGCGGCUCAGGAGGAGAACUCUGUGGCCGAGAGCCCAGCAGGUGUCAGCCCACAGCAGGCUGAGCCGCAGGCGGCCCCGCUGAGACAGCCUUCCCCCAACGAGACACCAGCCUGUUUAAUGGGGAAAGUCAGCCAACUGGAAUCAAUGGUGAAAGUGCUCCAGGAAGACUUGAAAAGGGAGAAGGACGCCAAGGCGUCCCUGCAAAUUCAGAUCCAGGGCCUGCGCGAAGACAACCAGCGCCUCCUGGAGGAGUCGUACAGCGCGUCGGCCAAGCUCAAAAAGUUCACCGAGUGGGUCUUCAACACCAUCGACAUGAACUGA